AUGGGGGACAUGGGGAAUCGCAUCUUCCUGUUUACCAAGAGUCGUGGGUCUUCCCACCCUGGAAUUGCAGAUAGCAUUGGAAAAAUCAACGACCAGCCGGUGAUAACGUCACCUGAGAAUUCGUCCCGAAUCGACAGGAGGAGACCAACGGCUUCUCAGUCGUCACUGAUUGUUCAAAAUGGCGUAGAUGAUAAUUGUGCAUCGUUGUCGUCCGGUGUAGUUCCAACACUUUCUCCACCAUCGUCUUCAGCAGCGUCCAUUUCCCUGUCGGAAUCCGUUAGCACUAGUGCUGGGGACAGGCUGCCUCUUGAACAUAUCCUCGAUAAUGACAGAAACGGAAACCUCAUUGCCCCAACUGGGGCUUCCAGUACAGGAAGGGAACACAACUGCUUCUUCCACAUUCUCGACUGCAAUAAAACCUUCGUCGAUCAUAACGAGUGGAAAAUACAUGUGCUGAGCCACUUCCGAACAUCCUCACCACCCACCAUAGCUCAAUGCCCAGCCUGUUCAUAUUCGACUUCAGACCCGCGACAUAGUGUCGCCUGGCGAACAAUGCUCACACACCUGGCCGGCGAACAUCUCAAGCACGGAUACCCGAUCCACAACUCGAACCCGAGCUUCGCUACCAUGCGGCACAUGUACUGCUCUGGCGUCAUUGAGAAGGAAGAUCUAUGCCUCCUGCAGCUCGUGGCAGCUCCUGGACGGCCAGGCUAUGACUCGAGUAUGGAUUCGGUGAGAGCUAAUAUCGGCUCAUCGGAUGACGCAUAUUUGAUCUAUGCGAACCCUCGACGAGAGCGAAGAAUAAGAGGAAGAAGACCUCCCCGUGUUAUCGUUGUUUAA